UGUGAAGAUGGCGUCGCUGCGCUGUCGGAGAGACCCGUGUGGAUUUAUCUGUCUGGUUUUAACUUAUUUCAGUGUUUUCUACGCCGAUUAUGUGGUGAUCCAGUAUGUGCUGAUCCCAGCUUACUCCGGGAGCGUGUGGUGCUCAAUGCACGGGACCGUCUUCAAUGUGAUUCUGCUGCUGCUCCUGGCGUGUCACUCCAAGGCCGUGUUCUCUGACCCAGGUAUGGUGCCUCUCCCAGACACAGCCAUUGACUUCUCAGACCUCAGGUCUCAGUCGUCACGGAAAAAUGAGAGGAGCUGUGAAGGAUGGACUGUGUGCAGUCGCUGUGAGACGUAUCGGCCCCCUCGCGCUCACCACUGCAGAGUCUGCCAGCGAUGCAUCCGCCGUAUGGACCACCACUGCCCCUGGAUCAAUAACUGUGUGGGAGAGCUGAACCAGAAAUACUUCAUCCAGUUUCUCUUCUACACGGGUUUGGCCAGUCUGUACUCCAUUGUACUAGUGGUGUCAGCUUGGGUCUGGAGAAUAAGAACUGAGAGAGAAGGGGAUGGAGAGAGAGACAAGGAGACAAGUGAAGCUCCCAGCAAACACCUGAUUGUGGCUCAUUAUAUCAUCCUGCUGGUAGAAGCUGUGCUGUUUGGAGUUUUUGUGAUGGUCAUCUUCUACGAUCAGCUGGUGUCCAUCAUCACGGAUGAAACGCCGAUUGAGCAGAUGAAGAACAGGCUGAUGAAGGACCGAGCAGCCGGCUCACAGCAUACACACACAACACACACGCGCAAACCCAAACUGGCACUCCUGAGGGAGGUCUUUGGAAGAGGGUCAGUUCUGUGUUGGCUGUUCCCUCUGCACUCUAGCCCUCCCUCUGCUGGGGGAAUCAGCUACUCCGCUGUGCCAGACUAUGAUGUGUGAUGCUGCUGACGGUGACACUGAUGCUUCACAGAUCUCUGCACAACUCCUGGCUGCAGGGUGUCUUUCCUUGUUCCACCCAAACAUUUGCCUUUCACACACAUCCCCAUAUCUCUUUACACAAUACACACGUCACACUCCACUACACACUAAUACACACCGCAUACUCCAUUCAUAGGUAUACACACCUCAUAAUCUACUAUAUGCUAAUACACUCCUCAUACUCCAUUUCAUGGUAAUACACACCUCAUACUCCACUGCACGCUUAUACACACCUCAUACUCCACUACACGCUAUACACACACCUCAUACUCCACUACACGCUAUAUACACACCCCAUACUCCACUACACGCUAUAUACACAACUCAUACUCCACUACACACUAAUACACAACUCAUAUUCCUCACUAAUACACACAUACUGUUAUAGGCCUGUGGAACAUGUUUUUGCCUUGUCACUGGGAGACAAUAGUAUUUACAGACAGCACCAUAGACAUACUAACAUUGUUUUCCACAAAAUUACCAGUACUACUGUUACAAUAAUGAAGGGACAUAUUGUUUAUUGUAUAAUUAUUUAUUAAGAGUAUUACACCAUCUAUAUGAAUGUGUGCGUGUGUGUGAGCAUAUGUGAGAGUGUGCAUGUAGACUUUGUUCUUUUGUCUUAACUGUAUAUAAUGAUGUAUUUUCUAAUGUAUUCUUAUGAAAUGUGUUACAUACCAAGGAUGCAGAUGUUCCAUUACCAACCUGCACCUCCUUCUGUUACAGUCUCACCAUCUGGUGUUUGACUUCUUACAGGAUCUGUAUAUUUUUGAGCAAAAAGAUAAGCGUAGUGAUGAAGAAUGUGGACGUUGCUAUUUAUUGUAUUUUAACUGUGACCUGUUUUA